CCUCUCUGAGAUGGUGGCACUUUGUGAUUGUUCUAGGUACAAUUUGGACCGCUGUACACGUGUCUGGUCAGAAAUAUUACACCAAUUUAUACGGACCAAACUCGUUCGAAGGAACAAUAGAGUUAUCAGAUGGUUUAUCCUGGUUUAUUCUUCAUCAUCAAGGAUGGAAUGAUAAGAACGCGGAAGUGACGUGUCGUACGCUGGGGUAUUCUGGAGCGAAAGCGACAGCAACUUUCGGCUCUGUGCUGCAUACCCUUUCACGCCCUGUUUGGGAGUUUCAAUUCCGUUGUAAUGGUAAUGAAACAUCUCUGUCAGAAUGUGAGACCACCAGGUUGAAUUCCACAACAGGCAACACCUCAGUAGGCGUCAGGUGCCCGUCACAUCCCGCUUUUGGAUAUGGUGACUUCCUUUUGCGAUCGACAAGGGACGGUGCAAUUUCAAAAGAGAACAUAAUAACAAUGAGUGGUACAGUAAAUACGAAUUCUAGCUGUUUUACUGAUGUUCCCGGUGAAGUUGUGUAUGACCCAAUGUAUGACCGGAUCGUGUACUUUAAGGACUCAUCUAUAUGGGGCUGCAGUUUUGGAGGCGUGAAAACCGAGCUAUACAGAUUUGCGUCACGUGUUUCUGUUGGACAUUUCGCCUAUGACAAUGAAGACAGACUUUUAUUCUACGUUUUGGAUGGUGUAAUAUCAACACUGAAAUUAGACGACGAUUCCACAAAACCGACAAUUGUUCUCACUACAACAAACGUAACAAGGAUAGCCCUUGAUCCUGUGAACAAAGAACUAUAUUGGGUGAACCUUCAUACAAGGCAAAUAGAACGUGCAAAUUAUAAUGGAACGUCAAGAAGUUAUUUUUCGUCCAUAUCAAAUAAUGGUGAUGUGCCUACUAUUGUCAUUUCAGGUGGCUUUGCCUUCUGGAUUGAUACGAAAGUUUCCGGAAUAAGGAGACAAAACAUCAGUGAUACAGCUGUUGAUGACACACUUUCCUAUAGUAUUUCAUGUACAACGAUUUUUGUCGUCGGAGACUGGAUUUACUGUUUAAAAGAACAAGUUUACCAAAGUGGUGUCCUGCGCUUAGAAAAGAACGGAAAAUGUGGCGGAUACCACGGCCCGUUUCAUGAAUACAGCCAAACAGUUAUACAUUAUAACGGUGGACCUAACACAGACCUUGAACCCUCUUGUAAGUUCCCCUUCAUUUCAUUUCCUAUUCGUCAAAUGCAUGCUUUUAUACUAACGUUAUGUCGGUCUGACUGCGUUACUUGUAUAAUAUGA